CAUGAUUUUAUCCAAAACACCAGUAUCACUGAUAAAAUCCAGUUGGUGCAAGGUCCAAAAUAGCAAAGGCGUUCUGUCCAACGCCAGCUGACAGGCACCCAAUGGACAACAGAAAGUUCCCUCGCAUCAGGGAAUGUAUAGUGGAUGGUGAACCAAUAACGAUCGAGUUGAUCGACACCCUCGGUCCAGGCGAUGCGGAUUACUACUUCGAGAAAGGCCUCAUGAACUCAUACAUUGAGCAAGGAGACGGGUUUCUUUUCAUUUACUCUGCCGAAAAUCGCAAGUCACUGGAGCUAGCGAAAGAGAAUUAUGGUUGGGUCGUGAGGAGGAAGCAGCAUGAACGAGACAAUGGGACGAACCCUAUUCCUGGUAUGCUCGUGGCAGUAAGGGUCGAAGAGGAACACAAAGCGAUGUGGAUGGAAGUGACUUGGGAAGAGGGAAACAAAGUUGCGGAGGAAAUGAAUCUAGCAUUCAUGCAGGUAUCGCUCAAGAACGGACGCAAUGUGGAGGAGGUGUUUAUCCAUAUAGCUAGAUUGAUCAAGAAGUACCAGGAGAGGAAGAAGCGCAUUUCGUGCAUGCAUUGGGCGUAUUACGACCAGAAGAUACUGGAUGACCGUUAUGAGAAAUUGCAGGCGAAGAACGAAUGCAAACAUAUAACAACUGCAAGAGAGAGAGAAAUGCUUGGGAAAGUUGAUUUUGAUGCCGAGUUCGAGAAACAGCAGCGAGCUGGAUGCUGCGCAGGGUGUACAAUUACUUGAGGGUCAAGGGAGGUCGACCAUUGUAUUUACCAAGUUUUAUUGUUGAGGUUCGGAAUGUCGGAGGGCCUCGCCCCCGUGAUCGAAACAUCAUUAUAAAGGACAACAGUGUUUUUUUUUUCAAUA